AUGGUUUCUCUGCAGCAUGAAAUGCACAUUAUUGUUGUUGUUGGCUUUUCAGAGAGCUUCUGGAUUUUGAGCUUAACCAUUACUGUAAUCCUGGCUUUGGCUUUCAUCGAGAAGCCUUCUUCGCUUACUCUCACAUCAGAUGUACGAUACCGCCUUCCUGCCUGGAAUCCUCCAUGUGGCCUCACAGAAAGCAUUGAGAUGCUUUGCUUUCUUGUGUUCAUGGUGGACGUAUCCGUGAAGAGUUACUUAGUCGGAUGGGAAGAAUUUUGGAAAAAUAAGUGGCUAAUGGCUUAUAUACUGACAUUAAUUGUUUCCCUUACUGAUUGGAUUGUAUCACUGAGCUUUUUCUGCACAGAGAGAGUGAGGAUAAGAAGAAUUCUUCGUCCUUUCUUUCUCCUUCAGAAUUCUUCUAUGAUGAAGAAAACAUUGAAAAGUAUCAACAGCACAUUGCCUGAAAUGGCAAGUGUUGUUCUACUAUUAGCUGUUCACCUGUCUCUCUUUACCAUGUUUGCCAUGCUGCUGUUUGCUCGAACAAAGGAUGGCCAGCAGGAUAAGGAGUGGGUGGGUUAUUUCCGGAAUUUGCCAGAUUCACUGACAUCACUGCUGGUCCUGCUAACUACUGCAAACAAUCCUGAUGUGAUGAUCCCUGCAUAUUCUAAGAAUCGAGCAUAUUCGAUCUUCUUCAUACUCUUCACUGUAUUAGGUAA